UUCCUGAAAUUUUCCAUUUCGCGAUUGUGCGUCAUUUCUAUAUUGACGUUCGUUUAUAUUUGCACUUGAAAACUUUCAAAGAAUAUUUUAUAGUAUAAUAAUUUUUUCUUUUAAAUUAUAUUUAAAUAUUAAAAAAUAAUUUUUUAUUUAGAAUAACUGUAAAUUCUAGCACGUUGAAAAUGGGAGAAGACUUUAAUGGAGAUCGUGAGCGACAAGAACGUGGAGAUAGAGAUAGAGAUCGUGAUAAAGAUAGAGAUAGAGAUAGAGAUAGAGAUCGUGGAGAUAGAGAUAGGGAUAGGGAUCGUGGGGACAGAGAUCGAGACAGAAGGCACAGAUCACGAAGUAGAGAACGUAGAAAACGCUCACGAUCACGAAGUAAGGAACGUAGAUCUAGAGAUCGCAAGAGAAGUGGUUCACCUAAAAGAAGUCGUAAUUCAAGAAGACGAAAACCUUCUCUCUAUUGGGAUGUACCACCACCAGGAUUUGAGCAUAUUACUCCCUUACAGUAUAAAGCUAUGCAAGCUGCUGGUCAAAUUCCUGCUAAUAUUGUAGCUGACACACCACAAGCUGCAGUACCUGUUGUAGGGAGUACAAUUACACGUCAAGCAAGGAGAUUAUACGUUGGGAAUAUACCUUUUGGAAUAACUGAAGAGGAAAUGAUGGAAUUUUUUAAUCAACAAAUGCAUCUCUCUGGUUUAGCUCAAGCAGCUGGAAAUCCAGUACUAGCAUGUCAAAUAAAUCUUGAUAAAAAUUUUGCUUUUCUAGAGUUUCGAUCAAUAGAUGAAACAACACAAGCAAUGGCAUUUGAUGGUAUUAAUUUCAAAGGACAAAAUUUGAAAAUUAGAAGACCACAUGAUUAUCAACCAAUGCCUGGAAUGACAGAUAAUCCUAGUAUGAAUGUUCCAGGUACGGUUCCUGAUUCACCCCACAAGAUCUUUAUUGGUGGUUUACCAAACUACUUGAAUGAAGAGCAGGUAAAGGAGCUAUUGAUGAGCUUUGGACAACUUCGUGCAUUCAAUCUUGUUAAGGACUCUGCAACAGGUUUGUCCAAAGGUUAUGCAUUCUGCGAGUAUGUCGAUGUAUCUAUGACUGAUCAAGCGAUUGCUGGUCUCAAUGGUAUGCAACUUGGAGAUAAGAAAUUAAUUGUUCAACGUGCAAGUGUUGGAGCAAAGAAUCCAAUGAUUGGUACACAAGCACCUGUGCAAAUCCAAGUGCCAGGAUUAUCCAUGGUGGGAACAAGUGGGCCUGCGACUGAAGUAUUAUGUUUAUUAAAUAUGGUUACACCAGAAGAAUUAAUGGAAGAAGAAGAAUAUGAGGAUAUUCUUGAAGAUAUUAAAGAAGAAUGCAAUAAGUAUGGAGUUGUCCGAUCUGUAGAAAUACCAAGACCUAUUGAAGGUGUCGAUGUGCCAGGAUGCGGAAAGGUAUUUGUGGAAUUUAAUAGUGUUCUCGACUGUCAAAAAGCUCAGCAAACUUUAACGGGUCGAAAGUUUAAUAAUCGUGUUGUAGUUACAUCAUAUUUCGAUUCAGACAAGUAUCAUCGUAGAGAAUUUUAAUACUACAAAUUUUAAAUUCAUUUUUUAUUGAUUUGCAUAAAUGUAAAGGGACAUUUUCUUCUUCAUAAUAUGACAUUAAACAGUUCUAUUGUAACGUAACUGAAUACUGUUAAUUUUUACAUACCCUGUCGCUUACGAAUUAAAAAUUUAUUUUAUCAUCAAAUAAAAAUAAAAUAAAAUGGAUGUGAUUA